AUGGCAUCAUCGGAGCAGGCUCAUGCAGGCACGCCUACGCAACGAGUCGGCUUCAAGCAUACGUACCGAAAGAGUGACGACCUGAAGAAUGCGUUUGCAAGGUCAAACACCAGGGAUAACAGGUCCCUGUCCAGUGGCAGCGCAAAUGAAACCAAUCUUGGACUGCGACCAAGUCCGGUCCCAGCUAGCAUACCUGGUAGCUUCGCUCCGGACAUGCGAUCGAUCGUCCCAAGUCGCAGCCACACACCACAGAAUGAGAUGUCCUCAAGCGCUCCAUAUCGUGCCGCCUUGACGGCUCGUUACUCGACGGAUGAUGAAAGGCAAGGAACGACAGAAGAGAGGCAAGCCGUUGUUCGGGACAAAAUUGCGAAAGAGAUGAAGAUCAAGACGGGCACUGAAAACAUGUUAGAGGCACUGAUGGCCAAAAAUGCAAAGCAGAGCCGUGAUCAACGGCUGAGGGUUGAGCAAGAAUUGGGUACCGCGAAUCGCAAGCUAGCAGAGCUGCAACAGCAAUUAGACGAGGAGAUACAGCGAGCGACAACUCCUGUCACCCCACCGAAUAAACGUAUGUCCAGCUAUUUCCGCGUGAGUCCUAGAAAGAGUCCCCCAGAUGCUCUCCGCGACGAAGAAGUACAAGAGGAAGAAGAGGAAGCUGAAACAGAAGACGUUGAGGACACCUCUCCAACGGUCGCAUUUACGGAGAUUCUACAGCAACUCGAAGCCGAAGGACUACAGCCAGACUAUUAUAUUGAACGUGCCAACAGACUUGUCGAUCUGUUCAAGCGCAACACAACUUUGAAAUACGACAUAGCGUGGAGUGUCUUUAGCGGUCGGGUCCAACUUAUGCUGCUUAGUGAGAGCUCAGAUGUUGUGGCUGCUGGUUAUCGACUAACUCGACACGCUAUCGCCGAUCGAUCCUCCCUCAAGACAAUCAAGUUAUUACGAACCGAUGAACUGGUGACCCUCUCGCUGGUUAAGAAGGGGAAAGCAGUUCUAGAAAGAGAACAAGCUGUAAAAUUUGUGCGAGCUUUCCUGGACGUCAAAGAUGGGGUUCAUGAGGUUUCUAUUGCAGUGGUAAGAAGCCUUGUGGCGAUUGCAGAACAUCACGACGAUCGCUUGAGGAGCAUGUGCUUGUUAACUCUAGCAGAGCUCUUAGCCAAGAAGCCUGAUCUUCUUGUGGCCGCCAACGGCUUGACCACUUUGACCGAUGCCCUUGCGGAAGGGUCAUUCCCUGCACCCGAAGGACUUGUGGCAAGCUUCAUCUAUCUUCUAGAUCAUCCUCGGCAGCGACAGUAUCUAGGAUCUGGCCGCGAAUUCGAGGCAAUGUUCGCUGCCUUUACGGACCCACUGCUUGUUAAUGGUAAUGAGGAGAAGCUCAAAACAUGUGCAAAGGGUAUAUCAGCCAUGUUGAAGACCUGGCCUGGCUAUCUGACGCUAGCAAGAGACGGAGCUGUGCCCCUGAAGUCCCUGAUCGAGUCCCUGGUAUAUCCUGAUGCCUUUGCACGCGAUCUAAUCCUUGAGCUAUUGUUUGAUAUUCUGCGCAUCAAACCACCAUCGUGGUCGCCAUCGUUCCUAGCAGGAAGGCGGCUCACCACAUAUGGACGGGUUUACCAAGCAGACCCCGACAUGAAAAGAACAGUGUACCAAGUUUCGGGCAGCAGGUUCGACUUGACUGUCCAUUUCACAGCGAUUGUUCUUGCAACGUUACUCCAAGCCGGUCUGGUGCCUGCGCUCAUGGAUCUGAUCAAGUUUGAAGAGGAUUCAGCCAUGAAAAGAAAAUGCACACUGCUUGUUACAGAAGUUCUGAAGCUUGCGUACCAUUCCCUACCACGCAGUAUGAGCGCUGGGAUACAAGUCUUAGGUGAUCUCCUUUCGCCGUUCGAUGCGCCAGGCAUCACCUACAUAUCUUCAAAUACGAGCAUGGUCUACCAAAUUGAGAGUAUCAACCGAACUGCUAAUCGUACGGGAACUAACUCAGCACAAAGGACACUCGAUGGCGAUGAGAUGGCUGUAGGUCCACAGGCACUGGAACGUGCCAAAUUUACCGCAACAAUGGACUCGAAACUGUUUAUGCAGGCAGUGCUUGACACAGGCGUCCCCAACCACACCAAUUAUACCAAAUGGAAUUGGAACCUCAUCAACAACCUGAUCGAAGGCCCAUUGACAAAUGCGAGGCUUUUAGAAGAGGCCUUGAAAACAACAAAAUUCGUGAAGAGGUUGAUCGGCUUCUACCGACCCUUCAAGUGGAGAUUCUCCGUCAUCAGGAAUACGAGGCCAAAUCAACGAUAUGUACGCACAGGAUGUGCACUUAUGCGUGCAUUAUGCCAGACUCAGAUUGGCAUUCAGUUUCUGACAGAAAACAAGCUAAUGAGGCAAAUCGCCGAAUGUUUAGCUCAACUCGACAAGUUUAGUGGUCUGACAUCGUCAGCACCAUUAUUUGACAAGCACAACAUGAUUGACUACCUCACAGGAGGUUAUUUUACCAUGCUCGGAGCACUGAGUGAGUCACUGGAAGGCAUACAGAUUAUGGAGCGCUGGCGUAUGAUGAAUAUGUUCUACCACAUUGUACAGCUUCCGAAACGGGACGACUUACUCCGAGCACUGCUUGGCAACAUGGAUUACUCUUUAGAUUCUCAUCUGCGGGUCAUGCUUUCUCAAGCGCUGACAGCAGUGCCCAAGGAUGUUAGGCUAUUCGCCACUAAACUACUACGGAAAUACGCAGUCGGUCGAAUGAGGUACUCAGCAGGUCUCCAGGAUGCAGACGGCUCGCAGUGGGCAAUCAAGCUUGUGCUGACUCAGCUUUACGACCCCGAUGUUGAGGUGUGUGAAGUUGCUGUCAAGAUACUAGAAGAGGCAUGCGAACAGCCUAGUCACCUCGAGUUCGUCGUGAAAUGCCGACCCGCACUAGAUCACCUUGGCGAGAUAGGUGCACCACUUUUGUUGAGGUUUCUCUCGAUCUCGACUGGAUACCAGUACCUCAGUGGGCUAGAUUACAUACACCAAGAGAUGGACGAUUGGUUUCUGGGCAGAAAUGAUUCCUACGUUGCUCAAGUUGAGGCGUCGUUGGCGAGAGCAUAUAUGGAUCCUGGCGUUUCCCGUAAAAACACCUAUGUCGAUGACCCUGACGAGUACAACGAUAGUGGUUUACUGCCCCCCCAUUUUUACAGAGAGCUGGCAAGAACCGAAGAGGGCUGUAAACUGCUGCUGCAAUCCGGCCACUUUUACGAGUUUGCUUCUACAAUUCGAGAUUAUCGCCUGGAUGAAGAGGAGGUUGAGGCAUUGGUCAAAGUCAAGAGCUGUUUGUGGGCUAUUGGGAACAUAGGAUCUAUGGAGAUGGGUGCCCCUUUCCUCGAGGAAAGCGACAUUGUUCAUUCGAUCGUGAGGGUGGCUGAGGGAGCUGCAGUCAUGUCCGUGAGAGGUACUGCUUGCUUUGCACUUGGGUUGAUCUCCCGAACAACGCACGGAUUUGCAAUGCUUACCGAGUGCAACUGGGUCAUCACAACAAGCUCUAACGGCAGCUCCAUGGGGGUAUGCGUGCCACGUGACCCGGGAAAGUUGUGCCUGAAGUCGGAACGAGCUGCCACUUAUGAAGACCGGCGAGCACAGAAGCCAGACAUGGAAAGAUAUCGAGCAGCCACUUCAGACCCAGAUUCUGUGUUCGCAAGAGUGCUGAGUCUAAUUGUUGACAUGGGCAACUCUGUGAUGUACAAGAGAGUUGCAGCUGAUUUGCAACAGCUGAAAACUAAACACGCUCACAAGUUUGCUAGUGCAAAGCUGUUUCGAAAAACUCUUUUCAUAUUACAAUCACACCACUAUCGGCUGCAGGCACGGCAGUUCAUCCUAGAUCUCUUUGACAGAGAUGUGUUGAGGCAAAUCGUGCUCGAUGAAGACAGCGCCGAAAGUGAAUCAGAUACUGGGUGA